AUGGCAGACAAAAGCAAACUGUUUCGCUUUAGGUUCUCUUUGCGUAAGCGUGGUUCUCAGCGUGGUCCUCAAGUAGAACCAGAGCCACGUCCAGUGGCUAAAGCCCAAAACCCUGCCCAGACAACCACCAAUGUCCCUGUUGAGCGACCGCCAUUUCGGCCUGCAGGAAUUGCCCCUGUGAAGCCCUCUCCUUCCCAAGCUCAGGCACCAUCAAGAACUGAGCAUCCUCCACCAUCACCAUCUCCAUCUCGUGCAAAUGAGUCCCGAAAACCAUCUGGUUCAACAACUGAAGCUCAAAUUGACGUUGAAUCUUCUCCACCAUCACCAUCUCGUGUAGCUUCUCAACCCUCCCAAGCAGCAUCACAAGUAUCAUCCCCUCAGACUCAACCACAGCCCACCGUUCCAGAGAGCUCUUGGCUUCCUUCCUUUUCUGCUCAACCCCCAUCACCUGCCUCUCAACCAGAACCAAAGGAAGCAAUACCUCAACCAAAUGCAGAAAUCGUUACGUCUGAAACUAUUUCCAAUACUCCAAGAGAAAUCACCGUUCAAACUCAUCCAGCUUUGGCAGAAGCAGAAACAAUUGCUUCAUCUGAGAAGGUUGAUCCUGAUACCAUUGGUGGAGAUCAAAAGCAGCUUCCAGAAUCAGAGACAGAGUCAAAAGAGGAUAAAGAGGGGAAGAAAGUAGUGCAAGUGCUGACGAAAGAUGAAAAGACCAACGAUCCAGGUUAUGGAGAACCAAUGCAAGAAACAGUCAUUCCACUUCAUGCUGCAGUAACAGGCUCAGGAGAGCACACUCAAGGGCCAGUUGGAGUUGCAUCGCAAGCAGAGGAACAGCCCGAGAAGCAAGAAACUUCAGACAGAACGGAGACUUUUACCACCACCAGCUCCAGUUCGAAACCGAUCAAAACUCCAAAAGACAGAAGCACCUCAAGGAUGUCUUUUCAAAAGAUAGUUUCGUCAACUGCAGAACAAGCUCCCCCACAUAAACAAAUCAGAGAAGAUGCUCGCAAACUUCAUAAACAGGCCACUGGGAACCAAAUGCUUGAAAAUCUAGUUAGCGUCAUCACCCUAACUGGUGAAAACAGAGGAGCAUCAAUGCACUCAAGCUCAGAACCAGCAAAAGAAGAAGAAUCCGUUCACAUACACCGCAGAUAUAAGAGCAAUCCAGAUGACAGCCUUGAAUCCACUACUGAUGAAGAGGUAAACAACAAGGAUAGAAGUUUUGAGGACGGGACGAGUCAAGAUGAUCAACAAACGAGUGCAUAUAUCAACAGCAAUGUGCAGAGCAUCAAUAACGCUAUUGUGUUCAAUAGUUUUGUCACAGAAGGGAACUCCGGUGUUGAGGCGGUUUUUCCUCAAAACCCUGCAGAAUCCAUCAAGUCCAAUGGUAAGUCAGAGCCCCUUGAAACACACAACGCUCAAUUCACCAUCAGACGGCGAUGCCUUAGAGGGCUCUUCUUGGAACCAAGUGACUCAGACCCAGAUAACCCUGAAAAGCCUCGACGUCAUGGCUGCCGCUAUAGUUGCAGGGGAAAGAGAACAGACUGA